UGAUCUGCUCAUAUCUUGUAUCGAGGAAGCGGACGAAGCGGUUGCAGUCGCAAGUGAUGAUCAGUUAGAGUUGGACAGAAGUUGAGAUUGAUUUCAGCACAAGACAUCAAAGUAUUUUUUAAAUUUUGACCACACACUCGCGAUUUUGAGGAAAGAAAAUGGCUGAGCCUGCAUAUCUGGAGCCAAUCAUGUCAGCAGACGAAGAGGAAAAUUACUCCUCAGCCUCAGAAUCCUCCUCAGACUUGGAAGGUGAGAUUUCUGGCAUUGCCUCUCUAAUUCCCUCGGUUGAGGCUGGCCAGGUUGAACAAGAGGGAGCCGGUGCAGCAGUCGACAAUUUGGCUCCGACAGAGGCCCAGCAGCCCGUCCAUCAAGCUGCUGAGGCCCCUGUGCCUGUGGCCACCGUCAGGGCAAUGAGGGGUGCCACCAUCAAGAAGCCAGCCACAGCCGUGCAGCCCCAAAUGCAGCAACCUGCAAAGGCGCCUGCCAAGACUAGAGCCAGGGUGCCUAAGAAAGCUGCUGGCAAGGAGAACCUUGGCCAGGGCGAGAUGGUCGCUGCCGUUGAGGCGGCCACCAAGAAGAUGGCUUCUGUUGCUGUCAAGGAGAAAAAGACCAAGACCAAUACAAUGACCAAUGCUGCUGCCCCUACUCAGAAAACUCGCUUGGCUUCUUCGGCUUCCACUGCGAGCAAGACUGGACAGGUUGCUGGGCCCUCCUCAGCCACCAAAGAGACUGUGAUGACCUGCUACCGGUGCAACAUCACCUUAAAGGGGCCUGACGCUGCUAAGGACAUGGACAAGCACCUGAAGGAGUGCGGACUCAUUGUCUGUGUUUUAUGCAACAACAAAUUCAAGUCCAUCAAGAACCUGCAGAUCCACCAGCUAAAAUUCCACGCUGAGAAAAAAACAGGAUAAAAAAAAUGAGAAUUGAAAAAUAGCAGAAGAAUUGAAGGUUGAUUUCAGAAAAGAAGUUUAAUCAGUGAUGCAAAAUAAUUUACUAUUCUAAAUGCUCUAAAUAUUGCGCACUGCGCAUUAAAAACGUUUUCUAAUUUCUUUUACAAGUAAAUAAUUAUUAUUAAUUGCAUUUCUUUAUAGAUAAAAUCAAAUUAUGCAGAGAAAUUAAUUAUUAUUGAAACUUUUCAAAGUCAAAUAUAUGCAAAUGCAUGAGCUUAAGUGUUGAUUUAUGCAGAAAUAAUUAUAAAAUAACUUGCAAAAUAAAGUAUCUAUUUUUAUGUAAGUAAUUAUUGAUGUUAGUUGUGAGCCUCAUUAAAUAAUUUUUAAAAGUAAAUAAAUAACAUAUAAAUUAAAAGUAAAUUCUCUUAUGAGUGGAUUAAUCCUUUUUCUAUAUGAUUAGCCACACUAAAAAUAA